AUGACUGUCGAUCCCUGCCGCCGCCGAGCCCAAGAAUGUCGAUCUGACGAUCGUGUUCUCUUUAGGGCUUCAGAGAAAACUAAAUGGCUGGUUGAGGGGGGUGAGGGCGUCCAAAAUGCUUCAACCAAAGCACCUCCUCACCCUCCUCCCCAUCUUCACCUCCAUCACCAUCACCACCGCCGCCCCCCACCCCCAACCGCACAAACCACCGCCCUCCUAACCGCCAACUUCUACCCCAACUGCCCAUCCACCAACCUCGACCGCGACAUCCCCAAAAACUACGACCCAUCCCCCAGCCUCUCCUUCACCCACUCCCCCGACGACUCACCAAACUUCAACCUCGACGUAACCUCCCACCUCGACAUCUCCAGCACCACGCCCCUCCGCCCAAACACCUGCGUCGGCCUGCCCAUCCCCCUCGAAUACUCGUCCCUCUUCGUCGACCACUUCUCCGUCUCUGCUGGGAUUCAGCACCCGCGUCCUCUACGCCACGGUGGGCCGGAGACGAAGGAGACGUGCAAGAUCACGGUGCAUGAGACGCCCGGGUGUGGCCAGGAUCCGGUGCUGGAGGUCCCCGUCGGGGAGGGCGAUCGGAGGGUGGAGAGUGGGUGUGUGCGGAGGGAGUUUUUGGCGUUUGAGUUGGUUUGGGCGAAGUUGAGUUGUGAGGUUGAGGUUAUCGAGGAGGACGAGGAGGAGAAGAAGCCGUGGACGCAUGGUGGGUUGGCGAAUUCGAGUGUUCCCGUGAGUCAUGGGGCGAAGAAGGGACGGUUGAGUGGCGGGAAGAGGAGGACGAAGUUGCCGAUUUUCUAA